CAGACCAAUCGAAAAAAAUCAGCAUACUCCAGAAGAAUGCAAUAGAACACUCGAACGAAAUAAAGAAAUUGAAGAAAGAUUUUGACCAUCUCCGAAUAAUGAAUACCAAGCUAAUGGAAGAGCAGAAGAAAGCUGCUCAGCAGUUCACUGAGAUCAGAGAUUUGAAUAAAAAUUUGGCUGAAAUACAAGAAAUAAAUAAAACAUUUGUAGAAGAAUUGAAUGAACAAAAGAAAACAAAUAAUGAACUAAAGAAAGAUUUGGUUAAAGUGCAAGCAAUGAAUGACAAGUUGGUAGAAGAACUGGAAGAACAAAAGAAAACAAACGAUGGGAUUAAUAAAGCGAUAUCUCAGAUUGAACAAAGACUUACUGCCACAGAGAAACUUCUUCAAAUUAGAUCAAAACGGAACACUACCCAAACAGCAAAUCCGUCUCCAGAAAACAACUGCAACUUAAGGAUUGGAAGUAGCUGUUAUUUUGCUGUGAUGCAAGAUGAAUGGGUUGUAAACUACGCCAAAGCAGUUGAUAUAUGUAAGGAACGUAACGCAGAUGUUGGUUCGAUUCGAGAUAAAGAAUCUUACAAUGCGAUUAUGAAUUACUUAAUAAAGAAUAUACCAAAGUCAAAGAAUGCGAUUCAAAUAUGGAUAGGAAAUCGAUUUGAUCCAUUGACUUUUGACGUCAUACCUAAAGGUUUCUUCAUUAAAUGGGUUCCAGGCAAUCCAGUUACUGGAAUUGUGAAUAAACAUCGCAAAAAAAUUUACCUCGAUGUUCGUUCCGACCCGAAUGAUCGUGACCAAGGAAUGUUAAAUGCGUUUUCAAUCUGGAAGCGUCAUGGAGUUAUUUGUGAAAUAUAGAUAUACUAAACGUCUGUCAUUUGUAUUUUGUGCUACUGGAUUUAUCAGUGAUAAAGUAUAAAUCAUAGACUCCUAAUUCAAAUUUUCUACGAUUAAUAUCAGUAGAUAAGGCUGCAAUGAAUACUCACAAACGGCUAAAUUAAUUUACGUUCGAUUAAAACUUGUUUCUAAUAUUAUUCAAACUAAGAAGAAUUCUCAAUUCAUCUGAAUUUUUUA